AUGGCUGAUCAAGAAGUUUUAGUUUUAAGAGGUACCUUAGAAGGUCACAACGGAUGGGUUACUUCGUUAGCCACCUCCGCUGCUGAUCCAGAUUUAUUAUUAUCUGGUUCCAGAGAUAAGACUUUAAUCACCUGGAAAUUAACUGGUGAUGACAGUCAAUACGGUGUCCCAAAGAAAUCCUUCAAGGGUCACUCUCACAUUAUCCAAGAUGUCACUAUCUCUGCUGACGGUGCUUACGCAUUAUCUGCUUCUUGGGAUAGAACCUUGAGAUUAUGGGACUUAGAAUCCGGUGAAUGUACCCAAAGAUUCGUUGGACACAACGGUGAUGUCUUAUCUUGUUCUAUUGCCAAGAACUUGAGACAAAUUGUUUCUGCUUCCCGUGAUAAGACCGUCAAGGUCUGGAACACCAUUGGUGAAUGUAUGCAAACUUUAUCCGGUCACAACGAUUGGGUCUCUGCUGUUAGAUUCUCCCCAUCCGAAGACUCUUCCACUGUUAUCUCUGCUUCUUGGGAUAAGACUGUUAAGUCAUGGGACUUAAACGAAUACAAUGUUAACGCUGACUUCAUUGGUCACACCGGUUACAUUUCUUGUAUCACUAUCUCCCCAGAUGGAUCAUUAUGUGCUUCUGCUGGUAAGGACGGUGUUAUCAUCUUAUGGGACUUGAACUCAAACAAGACUUUAUACACCUUGAACGCUGCUUCUGAAGUUCACGCUUUAGCUUUCUCUCCAAACAGAUACUGGUUAGCUGCUGCCACCGCUUCUGGUAUUAAGAUCUUCAACUUACAAGAAAGAACUUUAUUAGAUGAAUUGAAGCCAGAAUUCGCUAUUGGUGCUAAGGCUAAGGACCCAGAAGCUGUCUCUUUAGCUUGGUCUGCUGAUGGUCAAAACUUAUUUGCUGGUUACACUGAUAACGUUAUCAGAGUCUGGCAAGUUAUGACCUCUUCUGCUUAA